CUCCAAUGCUUUAUAUUAGGGCACAAUCGAAUGAUUCGGGCGCAUCCUAGCGAACAAGGUCUAAGAUUUCUGUGUUCAAAAGCGCCAGCCCCUUGGAAUUUUGUUUCCCAGUUUUGCUUCCUUUAUUUACGGUAAGAACAGCAGUAGUCUAUCUCUCUUUUGAUAAGAAAGCUAAUAACCUGCUAUUGACUUUAGCUACAAAGACGCGGAAAUAUGCCAGAUUCGCUUUACCCUCCAUAUGGGCCUCGUAAACGAGCAUCUACAACGGUAUUAAGAGAGACUGGAGACCAUCGAAAGAAGCCAGCCAAAGACGCCCCCGCAGAUACCGGAGAUACUACCGCAGAUAGUACUGUAGAUAUAGUAGGCGAAGUGAAUACCGAAACAGCGAUAGAUGCGUUCCGCGCAGAGUUCGGAGGUCUCGGAGUCGGGAACAAAGAGAGCAGAGCUGAAGCUUUUGCGAGGGGGAACCUGCUGGAGAGCUCCCCUAGGAUUAGACGUAAUUACCACUGUUAUUCCUGCCAAUGCCGGGUCAGGGUCUUUAGAAAAGGGAGCUGCGCUGGAUGUGGUCAUGAGCGAUGCCCUGAGUGUCUACUCGUAAAUAGUUAAGUCGCUCUCGGGUUGCUCGAUUUGAUAUUAGCUAUUUGUGGUUGCAUAGUAUUUCAUAGAGACGCGUGGAAACAUAAAAGGAUGGGAACAUAUAUGCAAUAUCAGGAGCAA